GUGAGCUCACUCCACAGGCGCACGCCCUUCUCUUCGCUACGCCAAUGCCCCGGGCGGCGAGAAUCCUGCAGGCGAACUCCGAUGUGCUACCGGCGACCCAGCCAUCGGAUCCGUUCGCAGUAGACUCCGACGUGGUGGUGAUCCUCGCGGCGCUUCUCUGCGCGCUGAUCUGCGUUGUCGGGCUCGCGCUCGUGGCCCGUUGCUCCUGGCUCCGCCGGGGAGCCUCCGCCGCGCCGCCGUGCAAGGGGCUCAAGAAGAAGGCGCUCGGGGAUCUUCCCAAGGUCGCUUACGCCGCCUCGGCGGACGCGAAGCCCGCCGAGUGCCCAAUUUGCCUCGCGGAGUUCGUGGGUGGCGACGAGAUCCGCAUCUUGCCACAGUGCGGACACGGAUUCCACGUCGGGUGCGUCGACACCUGGCUCAUGUCCCGUUCCAGCUGCCCCUUCUGCCGCCGGGUCCUCGUCGUCGCGGCCCCCGCUGCCCAGCCGUCGCCGCGGCACGGAGCGAGCUCCGAGAAUUCAUGCGCUUCCACCUCCGCCGCCUCUGCGACGGAGGCUACAGAGGACGGCAGCGCCGGUACGUUCCUCCCCUAGCUUUUACCUUUUCAUUAAAAAUACCUGUAAAAUUCAUCUCUCUGGUUAGGGUUUGUUCUUGUAAUGGAUUACAAGGCCAUUGUUCUGUAAAUUGGUGCCUUUGUAUUGUUCAAUACCGCAAAAA